AAAAACUAAAACUUUGUCCUUUCCCAUUGCUCUCUCUCUCUCUCUCUCUCUCUCUCUCUGUCAAAAUUUUCGGUCUUCUCUUCCCUACGAUCUCGCCAUUUUUUUUUUUUGGUAAAGGAGGUAAGGUCUGUUCUUUGCUUUCUCUUUUCUGCUUGUACUAAUAACUCUCAUUCUCUCAUUCUCUCUCUCUCUGUCUCUCUCUCUGGGAUACAGCGUCUUCUAACCCAGGUGAUUGAUCUUGUUUCUUCUUAUCAUACGAUAUUUACUUUCGUUGUUUUUACAUUAUUUUAAUCUGGGUAUUCUGUGAGACUUGAUAUUCAUAUGAUCUUCAGUUCAUAGGAGAGGUGCGCUGGGUUUCGAACUCGUUUCCGGGUUCUAUUAUUUUUGUUAUAGCAUUCAACAGUACUGCCGAUUGUCCGGUUGCCACUUUUCUAUGUUGGAAUUUGAUAGAACUCUGUAAAUUUCCAGUUUCCAGUCAUGUUUUGCUUUAAUGAGGUUUGUUGUUAUUUAUAUACUGCAUGCAAGGCCCAUUUCAGAACUUAAUCGGAAUAGUUGUUAUCAGACGUAGUAGAUUUGGUUUUGUAGAUGCUACAGCUUUUAUAAGACAAUAAUCUAGAAUCCUGUGAGAUUGUUUGAUUGAGUUUAUUUACUGGAGUUGACAUCUUAUGCGAUCACUGUCCAAGUUCCUUGCGAUUUCAAGUGCAAGGAAUUUUUAGACCCACUUGACUAGUUAAAUGCUUCUCGUAAUGUGGCGGUGGCAGAUGAUUUUUCUUGAACAUAAUUUUUGCUUCUGGUGUGUCUUUUAGGCUUCUGAUUUUAUAAAUUCACCAUCAGAUAUAUUCGUUUCCUUUUUCUACUUUUGUACUGUCUUUAAAUCUGAUUCUUCUUGAUGGACUGUCUCCGAUUGUGCUUUCUGCGUCUCAUUUUCUACUUCUAUAUUUCACAGUCAAGCAGAUCCUGUUUCAAGUGUUUUGGUGGAUGUUGGGAAGAAACUGUUAAAUUCUAAAACAUACUUACCAAGUAAUUGGUGUUAACUUUUGGUGUGAACUUUACUCCUUUCUUUCUUUAUUAUAUCCAGAACACUUUGGAGUAUCAUAUAGGAUUAAUCCCUUAGAAAGGAUGGAGGAGAUAACAAAUGUUAUGGAGUAUGAAGUCAUUGCAAAGCAGAAACUGCCUAAGAUGGUUUAUGACUAUUACGCAUCUGGUGCAGAGGACCAAUGGACUCUAAAUGAGAACAGAAAUGCAUUUUCUAGGAUUUUGUUUCGGCCCCGUAUACUUAUUGAUGUAAGUAACAUUGACAUAAGCACGGUGGUUUUGGGCUUCAAAAUUUCAAUGCCUAUCAUGAUUGCUCCCACAGCAAUGCAGAAAAUGGCACACCCUGAUGGGGAAUUUGCAACUGCAAGAGCAGCUUCAGCAGCUGGAACAAUCAUGACCCUAUCAUCAUGGGGUACUUCCAGUGUUGAGGAGGUUGCUUCCACAGGACCUGGCAUUCGCUUCUUCCAACUCUACGUGCUCAAAGAUCGGAAUGUGGUUAUUCAGCUCGUACGGCGAGCUGAGAAGGCUGGAUUCAAAGCAAUUGUCCUUACUGUGGAUACCCCACGGCUUGGCCGUAGGGAAGCCGAUAUCAAGAAUAGAUUUGUUUUGCCCCCACAUUUGAUUCUGAAGAACUUUGAGGGCUUGGAUCUUGGGAAGAUUGAUAGGACCAAUGACUCUGGACUAGCUUCAUAUGUUGCUAGCCAAGUUGACCGAUCACUUAGCUGGAAGGAUCUGAAAUGGCUUCAAACAAUUACUCAUUUACCAAUUCUUGUUAAGGGGGUGCUUACUGCUGAAGAUGCAAGGCUAGCUGUAGAAGCUGGAGCUGCAGGAAUCAUUGUGUCAAAUCAUGGAGCUCGUCAGCUUGAUUAUGUCCCUGCAACUAUUAUGGCUUUGGAAGAGGUUGUUAAAGCUGCACAAGGACGCAUUCCUGUUUUUCUUGAUGGCGGGGUUCGCCGUGGAACAGAUGUAUUCAAGGCAUUAGCUCUGGGUGCAUCAGGAGUUUUUAUUGGAAGGCCAGUAGUUUUCUCAUUGGCAGCUGCUGGUGAGGCUGGUGUUCGAAAAGUUCUUCAAAUGCUCCAUGAUGAGUUUGAGCUAACCAUGACACUCAGCGGUUGUCGCUCACUCAAAGAGAUAACUCGCAAUCACAUCUUGACAGAUUGGGACCGUCCUCGCACUGCAUCCAGGUUAUAAAGAGAAUCUUCGCCUUUUGUUGCUCUCAUGAUUUUAUGGAAGUCCCCUGUGCAAGUAGAAUAAACUGGCCUCAGAUUCAGCAGGCUGACAGAGGGUAAGACAUCAAUAAGCUCCUGUAAUGGCUAUAGAAUGAUUUUAGCAAAGCCAAGAUCUUGGACUGAGGUUGUAGGAUAUGUCUUUCUCAGAAUUACUUCUGCAAUAGAAAGAAAUAUUAUAUUUUUUUAA